GCGGAGGGAUGGGAUGCGUCACUGGAUUAGCGCCUUGUGAGUCGCAGCCUCUUCUUCUUCUUCUUCUUCCUCCCUUCUGAGCUGCCUGGAGAAGGGAACGGUACUCUCACAGCUCACAACUCAACUCUCCACGCCGGCCCCAAGAAGCCUCCCACAUGGUCCAGUCGGGCCUCGCCUCCUCGCCAGGAUGAAGAAAGAGAAGAAGAAGAUGUCUCUUUUCACCUUUGUCCUCUUGCUACACUUUAGCUCGGGACUAUUUGACUAUGCCCCGUAUUUCUACGAUAAUGGACCAAGCAGUACGAACGGGAACAUGGCUUUGUUCAGCAUCUCCGAGGAUACACCAGUCGGAACACAGCUCUACACCCUCAAUGGUACAGAUCCAGAAGGAGAUUCCAUACGAUACGGUCUGAUGUUUGAAAAGGGCUCCAAGGAGUAUUUCAGUGUUGAGCCCAAAUCAGGAAACGUCACGCUAGUCCUGGAGUUGGACAGAGAGAAACAAGACGAGAUUUCAUUGCUUGUCAGCAUCACGGACGGUCGGAAUAAAGUGGUGGAAACCGUGAGAGUGUUUGUCACCGACGCCAAUGAUGAACCUCCUGAAUUCCAAAACCUGCCUUUCAUUGUUAAUAUCCCAGAGGAUGCCGUGGAAGGGAGCAGCAUCUACAGAGUUCAGGCACUGGAUAAAGACAUGGGUUCAGGGGGAAGCGUCUCCUAUUUCCUCCAGCCAUCGUCAGUUGCCAAGUUCACCAUCGACAGCCACAACGGGAUCCUGAGGGUGAAACCCGGAGCGGCGCUGGACUAUGAGACCACGCCUACGCACUUUGUGACCGUGGUUGCCAAGGAUGGAGGAGGGAAAUAUAAGGGUCAAUAUCAGGUUUUGACCUCCACGGCCACCAUAACAGUCAACAUCCUCGACGCCCAAGACUUGCCUCCAUCCUUCGUAGGAACGCCUUACUUCGGCUACAUCUACGAAGUCUCAGUUCCGGGCUCUGAGAUAUUUACCGUGUAUGCCAGAGAUGGCGAUCAAGGAAAUCCUAACCCCAUUUAUUACUCCAUCAUCGACGGAAGUGAUGGCGUCUUCGAGAUAAACGGCACAAGUGGAUGCAUCACCUUGACAACGCAUCCAUCCCUGCUCAAAAAUGAACUCUACGAAAUCAAAGUCAAGGCAUCUGAGGUGGGUUCCGACAAUCACCUGUUGAAUGACUACGACAUUGCUGUGGUGACGGUCCGAGUGGUGGACCUCAACAAUCACCCGCCCACCUUUUAUGGCGAGAACGGACCACAGAGCAAGUUUGAGGUCACCAUGUACGAGCACCCUCCUGCUGGGGAGAUCCUACGGGGGUUCAAGAUCACCGUCAAUGAUUCAGAUCAGGGGGCGAAUGCCAAAUUCAAACUGAGACUAGUGGGACCAAGCAGAGUUCUACGAGUGGUUCCACAGACGGUCCUGAAUGAAGCCCAGGUCACCAUCAUCGUGGAGGACACAUCGGUUAUCGACUAUGAGAAAGGACCGACCCUCUCGUUCAAGCUGCUGGCGGUGGAGAUUGACACUCCCGAGCGCUUCAGCGCGACGGCAGAUAUCGUGAUCAACCUCAUGGACACUAAUGACAACACUCCCAAAUUCACGUCGGAGUAUUACAUCGCCAGGGUGGCAGAGAACUCUCCAGGAGGUUCUAGUGUUGCCGCUGUCAUGGCAAACGAUCCGGACUCUGGACCCUGGGGUGAAGUCAAAUACACCAUUUAUGGAUCAGGGUCAGAUUUGUUUUCCAUCCACCCGUCAACUGGCCUAAUCUCCACACAGCCGUGGACCACCCUGGACGCGGAGGUUCGCUCCAAGUUCAACUUCUACGUAAAGGCCGAAGACUCGGAAGGAAAGUACAGCCUGGCAGAAGUCUUCGUCACCGUGCUCGACAUGAACGACCACUCGCCCGAAUUUGACGACAAACUGCUGGAGAAGACCAUGGUCAUCGGCACGCCGGUCAAAGUGGAGGCGGUGGACGAGGACGCAGAGUCUCCCAACAAUGUGGUCGAGUACUCCAUCAUGACAGCAGACCCAGACAAUGCGUUCGACAUAAACGCGGAGACGGGCGAGAUCCAGCUGAAGCCAUACAUCAAGACCAUGGAGAUCGUGCACAACAUCACCAUGCAGAAGGACUGCAAGUGGUCGCUGGUAGUGCAGGCCAGAGACCUGGGUUCUCCGUCCUUCAGCACCACGGCUGUAGUCAACAUUGACAUCACCGAGGCGACUCCUCUCAAGGGGCCUAUGGCAGCCUUUUUAAUGAAAAGUAGGGACAAUCCAAUGAAAGCUUUAGGCAUGCUUACAUUUAUCAUUAGCAUGUUGGUAGGAGCCACUGUGCUCGUCUCCACGGUCAUGUACAUGCGCAACGCAAAGUCGCAAAACAGGAUCACGCCGGCACGCCGUGUCAUCAGGAGGCGGCCCAAGGACCAGCAGCCCUGGACUUUCCGUAUGCCCGUCUUCAGAUUUGGUAACCCCUCAGAGAAGUUCCUCAUGGAGGAUCCAGAAGGUAUCACUAAGCAGGAAAGCCCAAGUAGGCCAACCCCACCCUGCGCCCCGUGCCUGCCCCCACCGGCCCCACCGGCCACUCGCGCCCCCGAGAAGCUCCGUGCUGUCCCGACUAUAUCGGGCACAUUGGCCACCAGAAGCUCAAAGAAAGGGAAAUUGAGUCGCCGCAAGGAAGGCAACAUGAGCUCGGCGUUGGUGUCUGAGUUGAAAAUGAGACUCGAGCAAAAAAUCAACGAAAACAACCAAGGUUACUAUUAAUUCUAUUCAAACAACCUAUUCGUUUUUUCAUGACGUUGCUGGAUUUUGGUUUGGCAAAAGACGACCAUGACGGCAAUGAUGGACUUAAUGAGGGUUCACGGAUGUGUGACCAAGAGUGAACUCCUCAGCUGACCUCCUUCCUUUCUCGGUAGAUAAUCACCACACUGCCAUCUUGAGGAAGGAUUACAUCAUCUUAUCGACAGUGACAAGAGACAGUACGUUGUUGCUUGACUGAAAAUACAUAUUGUAUUUCCUCAAAUAGUGGCCUCCGCUCCAAUAAACGCAAUACUCCAAUUAAUCACUUCGUGUAACACAACUUAACGUCCACACAAAUAAUUCCACUCUCUAUGACAUAGUAUAACAAAGUGCAUCAUAUUUAUCACAAAUACUGUAUAUAUUGCAAAAAGCAUGAUACAAAUAAAAUAAAAUAUUUAUUAUUCUAUAAUAUAAUAUAUUUGUAUAAAUAGUAGAUGCAGUAAUCCCUCGUUUAUCAUCCAUGACAGUCGGAAGAAAAGUAGGAUUCAAUUUUCAACCUGUUUAUAACUUUGUAAAUACAGUUUUAACAUUAUUAGAGCCCUGUAGAAAUGAAAUAAUAGUCAUUUUUACACGAUUAUUCUUUGUUUACAUUGUUUACAUGACAUUGCGCAGGCUCCGGGUUCACUGCAUAGACAAGACAGCUGCAUAGCUACCUAUUUAACCUCUACAAUUUACUCAUUCUAAAGGGUUUCAAACGGACCGGGGAAGGAUAAAGAAGCCAAAAACUUAACCACUUCCACACUGAAUGUGAGAAGAAACUCACACAAUGUUCGGAUAGUGACCACAAUACAACAUAUAACUUGUCUUUCAAUAUUUUGGAUUAAUAAUAGGCCAUAGUCAACCGUGAAAAAAUCAUUUUUCUACCGCUUAUACUCACGGGGGUCGCAGGGUUGCUGGAGCCUAUCCCAGCUGUCCCAGGGCACAUAUAGACAAACAACCAUUCACACUCACAUUCAUGACCUGAUGAAAGCAUACUUACGGAGAAAUCAUCUUACACUUUUAGAAAUGUUUGACGUUUAGUGUAUUAUUUUCACAUGCUGAAUAGUGCUGAAUAUUUCAUACCUACCCAAAUUAUCACGAGAACAUGCCGAAAGCUGACAUGUUUGCUUCUUUUGUACGAUUACCAUGUGCCACUGUAUCGUCCCUGCUGUAACACAAGCAAGCUAGCAGUAUUUGCAUUUGUGUAGUUGUAUUAUAAUAACAUGCUUUUUUAUCGUUUCAAUUUUUAAUGUGUGUACAGUUCUAUGAUUACAUAUGACAUUUGUACCUCCACAGAUGGGGGGGGGGCUGAAAUUGCUGUGUAUUGCAACUGCAUGUACAUUUCCUUUGUAGAGAGUCAAAAUAUAUGCACAAAUGUUCACGGAAAUUUCGCUUCAAUGCCUUCAAAUGUUGGCAAGUUACAGUCACGUGGUCCUUGUAUUAAAGUAUUAGCUCAUACUUGACUUUGUAAUAAUACUUGGACAUAUACAAUAUAUUAACUGGAAAAAACACUGCCUGGUUCUUGGAUGUGUUCUUGGAUGCAUAUUUGUACCGUCUUUGUAUCGUCUUCAUUUUCAAUAAAUAUCUCAACAUAAAAAUUAGGC